CCUUGUUAAAAGUAAAAAAAAGUUUUUUCUUUCGAAAAUUUCGUUUUUCGAUUGAGAAUUGUAUAAUUAGAAACAAACCAUCCAGGAUGGUGUUGGAUCAAGAUACAUUAAAACAACUUGGGGAUGGUUUGAUUGUGAAGUACACCGUUCUCGAUAACCUUAAAUUAGGCCGACAUUUAUACGAAGCUAGUAUAGAAAUUACUAACAGUGCUCGCGUUGAUCUACCUCGUGAUAAUUGGGAGAUUUAUCUUUGUCACAUUCGUUUAAUAGAACCAGAUGUGGCUUCGAGUCAAGAAAAAUGUGAAAUUAAGAAAAGUGGUGUCUGCUUCACUCACAUAAAUGGCUGCCUGUUUAAACUGGAGCCGUCUGAAAAUUUCAAAACUUUGAAAAAAGGCGAAACAUUGGUCAUCAACAUAACUGCUGAGAUUUAUUCCGUUGCUCGGUGCGACUAUUUACCCAACUGGUUUAUAGUUGCAGACGGUCUCGAGCCAUGUUUGAUUCAGAGCACUGUUGGAGAAGAUCUGAAAUUUGUUCAACCGUUUGAUAAACCGUGUCAAUGGAAGCGGUUCGAUUAUGAAUUGGCAAAUGGAUUGAAGAGGUUUGACCUUUAUGAUCCAUUUACACCAGAAGUUCGUUUUGAGAAACAUUUCGUAGAAGAUCUUAAAAAACCAGGGAAAUUGAUAAUUCCCACACCUCUUAAUUUGUCAGUGGAAGAAAAAAGAGUUGAGUUUUCUCCAACAGAAUGGCAGAUUGUUUCUGAUGAUAUUUUUAUUCAAGAAGCAGAAUAUUUAUCCGAGAAAAGUAAAGUGAAAAUUGGAAAGUCAGGAACAUCCAGUAAAACCAUUGCAAUCAAACAAACUAGAGACUUGAUGAUCAAGAAUGAAAGAAUACCAGGCAGCAGUGAAGGCUAUAGAAUACUAGUCAACGAUGGCAGCAUAAUUUUAGAAGCUAGAGACCGUCCUGGUAUAUUUUAUGCCUGCCAGUCAUUUCUCUCCUUGCUGGACAAACACAACAACAUCCCUGUUUGCUGUAUUGAAGACUCACCAAGAUAUACUUAUCGCGGCAUGCAUAUUGAUGUUUCGAGAAAUUUUAAGACCAAAGAAGAUAUUUUAAAACUGUUAGAAAUCAUGGCAAUGUAUAAACUGAAUAAAUUACAUUUUCACCUGACAGACGAUGAGGGCUGGAGAUUAGAGAUACCUGGUUUACCUGAAUUAACACAGGUUGGAUCUAAAAGAGGAUACAGUAGUGGAGAAAAUACUUACAUUUUACCAGUUUUGGGUUCCGGACCGUUUCCAACUGGGUCUGGAACCGGUUACUACUCAGUCUCAGAAUAUAGAGAAAUCCUGACAUAUGCUGCCGCCAGACACAUUGAAGUAAUUCCAGAAAUUGACAUGCCAGGACAUAGCCACGCUGCCAUUGUCUCCAUGAGAACUAGAUACAAAAAUUUUAUGGAAAAAGGACAACAAAGGGAAGCAGAAGAGUAUUUGUUGUCUGACCUAUCCGACAAACUUGAGGCUAAAUCGGUUCAAAUGUUCGCUGAAAAUUCGCUCAACCCUGGACUCGAAUCUACAUUUACUUUUGUCGAAAAGGUGGUGAAAGAAUUGAAAAUUAUGCAUGCAGACGUGAAUCCAUUAAAAACAUUCCAUUUCGGAGGUGAUGAAGUUCCAUACAAAGCAUGGAAAUCCUCUCCAGCCUGCCAAGCUCUUGUUUCUUCUGGAGUCGUGGAUAGUGUUGGGGAUCUUAUGGAUUAUUUUGUUCGUCGAGUGGCUGGAAUUGUCGCUAACUAUGAUCUGAGUUUGGGGGCUUGGCAGGAUGGUAUCAUGGAUGACAACGAACCCUGUGAAAGGUCACGAUUUCCAAAUAAGGAAGUGUAUGUGUAUGCAUGGAAGAAUGUCUGGGAGCUCCAGCAUGCAGCUGAUAGUGUGAAACUGGCUAAUAAGGGCUACAAGAUUGUGAUGUCUCAGGGAACACAUCUAUAUUUCGAUCAUCCUUACGAGCCUGACCCAGAAGAACGAGGGUUAUAUUGGGCUUGUAGAUAUAUAGAUACAAGAAAGGUUUUCAACUUCAUGCCUCAGAAUCUGUACGCCAAUGCAGAUUAUAAAUUAACGGGUGAGGUCAUCUCACAGCAGGAUAGAAAAAAGAUGAUGAAAAAACAGUUCAGUGAAAGUCUGGAAAAAAGUGAAAAUAUCAUAGGAGUACAGGGUCAGCUGUGGACAGAGUUAGUGAGAACAUCAGAACAGUUUGGAGAAAUGAUAUUUCCGAGACUGUUGUCACUCGCUGAGAGGGGCUGGUAUAAAGCAGAAUGGGAAGAUUUCGAUGAUGAUACAGAGAGAAAGAUCCAUCAAGAUAAGGACUGGGUGUUCUUUGCCAAUGCUCUUGGUUAUAAAGAAUUACAACGUCUGGACGACUGUGAUAUGGCGUAUUAUAUACCACCUCCUGGUGCCAGAUGGCUGUCUGAGGGUGUAUUUGAAACUAUUUGUUGUUAUCCAGGACUGACUAUACAAUAUUCUACAGACAAUACAAACUGGACAGAUUAUACACAAACAGUCCAACUUCAACAGUCAAUUCCUCAAGUUCUACUUAAAACUUUAAGCACAAAUAGAAAAAGAUGCAGUCGGAUAGUUGUGUUAAAGUCUGAAGUCACAAAGUGAUGAUAAAGCGUCAUUGCUAAUAUUAUACCAGAAUAUGAAGCCUUAAUGAUAUUUAUAUUUUUAACGACCAAUUAUUCCCUUGUGUCUUGUUUUCUAUAGGUUUAUUUUUACCCACAUAACCAAUUAUGACCCAUAAUUUUGAUCUCAAACAGUCUGCUAUUGUUUUAGACUACAGACCACUAUGCAAUUUAAUUCGACAUGAAUAAAUGGAGUUAUGCCCCUUAAUUAAUUUGCUUUUAUUUUAGACUAUUAUACAAUUUAAUUGAAAUCAAUAAAUGGAGUUAUUCCCUUUUCUCAAUAUUUAAGUCGUACCAAACAAAUUUCCAAAUUUAAAUUUGUGAUAAAGGACCCCAAAACUUGUGUGCAUGUGCAUAUCUAUACCAGAGAUACUUCAAAUCUUUUGGUUUGUAUUUCGUUAAGAAAUAACAG